AUGAGCGGCAAAAUCAGAAGUAUUGCUCGUACCCUCCGCUAUGCGAGCCACAACAUCCUUGCCAACGGCCGUCGUCUUGUCGAGAAAGUCUACGAUGGCGACGAACUCAAGGACCAGCGAAUGGUUGCCGUUGGAUUAAGAGAGGGCUCAACUGCGGGUUACGCCACCUGGGCCGUGUACAUCAAUGACGAAGGCCUUAUCAGGGUCAGUGAGUUCGAUGAGGAUUCUGAAGAGUGGGAUGAAGACGAGCCGGAAGGCCUUUCUAGUGAUAUUUCCGUCAAUAAUCAAGGUCACAUCACUGUCGCUGGUCUUCCUAGCACGAACUCGGUUCUUUAUCAGGCAAAUGUUGGGACUAUCAAGACCAUAAAGCAUGACAAGGAGUCCAGUACUUGGACUGAGGAAUUUGAUAUCCUUGGGGCAGCAGCAGUUGGUACUCCGAUUGCCGGUUUUUCGACCGACAAGGCUCUGGUUGUUAGUUUCAUCGAAGAAGACAACGAGAUCCAUACCCAUACCCGUGACUUUGAGACCGGCGACUGGACAGAACACAAUAUCCCCAAGUCGUCCUUUGACGAUACUGUUGAAAGUCUGAUAGGCGCCCAAGACCAAGACAGCGGCAAUUUUGAGACCUAUGUCUUAGCCAACGACACAGUCUAUAACAUCACCAAGACUGGCUAUCGCGAAACCGUCAGCUCUUUCAAUCGGGAUGGAGACUUUGUGUCAUACACCGAGGCCGAGUCUAGUGGCUGGUACGCCAACAACUAG